AUGCAUCUUGAUGACUCUCUCUGUGCUGCGAAUCCAAAACAUCACCACAUGUACCGGCAAAUUGUUCUCCAGAAAACAGGGAAAAUAAAUAGAGGACGAAUCAAAGACACACACCACACCGUCCGCCAACGCUCAUCACUUACAUAUCCGCGAUUCCGGCCGCUUCACGACAUCGCGGGACAGCCACCACAGAUCCAAGCGACUGCCACUCCUACGAAACAACCGCAACACACCACCGACAGGACUGAGCGCCGUUCAAACUACUUCAUGCAAGAAGCGCAUCUCAGAUCUCUCUCGGUGCCGGCGACUUCGACGUCAUCUCCUCAGCUCUGCCACCACUGUUGCCGAAGCAUGAAGGAGAGAGUUUUGUUGGUUUUCUUACUGUAUACUGAGCGUGGAAAUUAG